AUGGGGCGACUCGAGUAUGCAGCCGACGAGGAAGAUCGCGAUCAAGCGGCUCGAAGAGAGAGUAACGACGAGGACGAGGAGCCAAGGGCGCCGGAGGAGGGGGCGGAGGAAAAUAGGGGUUCAGGGGAUGAGGAGAGCGAUGACGAGUUGGGCAUGAACGGCCGGCUGCGAUUGAAUUCGGUGCUGUUAUGGGAGAAAUGGCGGGGAGAAGACGAUAACGAGGAUGACGACAACGAUUCGGACGAUGCGCCCGAGGAGUUCACUCUGUCGCAGGUGCCCGCCACCAUCGCCGGACGCGAGCGGGUGUCGCAGCAGCGCCAACAGGAGCGGAAGCCCGCCGCAUGUGAGUGCACGCCGCAUUGGGGGGUGACGGUCGCCAAGGCUGACAGAAAGGUUCGGCAAAAGCGAGCAGGCUUGGUAGCGAAGGGAGAGGAGGGGGAGGGAGAGGAAGAGGGAGAGGCGAGGAGCGGCGGGCAAGGAGGCGGAGAGGAAGGCGAAGCGCAGGCGCGAGCUGGAGGGACGCGCGGAGAGGCGCACGCGGCGAAAGGGCGCGGUGGAGGGGGGAGACGAGGCGGCGGGGUCGCUGGUACCGCAGAGGCGAGGGGCGGUGCUCGGGAGGAGGGGACGGUGGGGGGUGCGGGUGCGGGCGAGGAGGAGGGGGAGGGCGCGGUGGAGGGGGGCGCGGUGGAAGGGGGCGCGGUGGAGGGGGGCGACUUUCUUCCCGCGGACGUGAUUGCUGCCGUCACACGGCGCCAGCACACCAGGUUCACAGAAGCGCAGGAGGAGAGGUCACGGUCAGCCGUGAGGGGAGAAGAAGCAGCGAGCGGGGCGGGGCGGCAGCAGGGCAAGGACAGCCACACAUCAGCUGUCAUCGGCACACGGUGGGUGCUGCGGCAUGCGGUGGGUGCUGCGGCAUGUGGGUGGGUGCUGCGGCAUGCGGGUGGGUGCUGCGGCAUGCGGGUGGGUGCUGCGGCAUGCGGUGGGUGCUGCGGCAGGGUAGCAGUGCCAUGGCCAGAGUGGCAGGGCGCGCCGGCGCCGGAGGGCGAGGAGGCAGCGCGGGCCAUCAUGCGCGCCGCACAGAGCUUUCGGCACGGGGUGCUGUUUGGGCGGCGGCAGCGAUCACUUGCAGCGCUGGGGUUUGUGGACCCCACGGUGCUCAAGGUGGCGGGGCAGUGGCGCGCCCACAAGCAUCUUGUGGCGGGAGGUGUUGGGGGAGCGGGCGUGCAGGGGGGUGUGGGGGCGCGGAAGGGAGGCGGCAAGCGCAACGGGAGGGGCCGUGGUGGCGCUAGGCGGUUGAUGGGGUUUGUGGACCCAGGGCGCUCACGGUGGCAGGGCAGUGGCGCGCCCACAAACACCUUGUGGCGGGGGGUGUGGGGGGAGCGGGCGAUUACGGGGGUGUGGGGGGCGCGGAAGGGAGGCGGCAAAAAGAACGGGAGGGGGCGUGGUGGUGGGCAGAGUGGGCUGCGAUGA